AAAAAAAUAUAGAAGAUAUAUUCUUAAUUCAUAAAAGAAAUAGAAGCCAAACAAGCAUUUCUAAACUAGACAAAAGCAUAAAUAAAAUUAAUGGAUAAAACUUACAUCAUAAAUUAAAUCAGUAAGAUUAAUUAAAGCAUAGAAGAGCUAGAAAAAGCCCAAAUGUUUGUGAAGAAAACGAUCCCGAUUUUCGAAGAGUAAUAAAAUGAUGGGUUCACUACACCAAAGAGCAAAAAGAGUACUUAUUCAUAUUUAGGGAGCGAUUAUUAAACAAGUAUUUCAGGAGAUAAUUUCAGCAAUUACUAAUAAAGCAUAGGACUUACAAAGGACGAUGAAUUCCCAGAGCAUAUGUAUGAAAGCCCGAAAUAAACUACCAGCUUAAAAUUUAAAUUUAUAAACAACACUUAUAUUUACUUUGAUGAAGAAGAAAUAGAAUAGUAGAAUAAACUUAAGAGCUAACAAUAAUAGAAUAAAAAAAACUUCAAUAGUAAUUUAUACUAAAAUAUUUUCCAUAAACAAUAGCCUGAUGAAAAUGAUUUGAGAGUUAUUCUAGGCCUUCCUAUAUUUGAAAAAGAAGAUUGA